AUGCCCGGCUCCGUCGACCCCAAAACCCCUACCGAGCACUCGCCGAGGCAGUCGCCGCGCAUCGAGCUCCCGGAAGAAGAAGGCUCCCCGCGCCACGAUGGCCAGGCCAGCCCCGGCAUGAGGAAUAGCAAAGGAUGGGACGGCAAGCUCAGAGUACAGCGGACUGCCGUCCUCGCGAACCCGGAGGUGCUCUCAGACCCGGAGUCUGACGACGAGAACGUUGUCCCCGGCGAGGAACUCCCCGCGGAUGAAGGCAAGUUUGCUGAUGCCCUCACUCCCGCAUGUGGAGCCGCAAAAAAAAGUUGUGAAGAAACGUUCAAGAGGCUAACUCGUCAUUCCCCUCCCACAGACCUCCUCGACGGCGAAGACCUAGACACUGACGAGCUCAUCGUCUCCCACGCCCGCGUCGCCUCCAUUCCUGCCCUCCGCCUCGAGCGCUUCACAAAAGUAGUCCGCCUGUGCCUCCGCCAGAACAGUAUCCAAGACAUUGACGGCCUCUCCGCCCUCGCCCCGACGCUCGAGGACCUCGACUUCUACGACAACCUCAUCUCCCACAUCCGCGGCCUCGAGGACCUCACCAACCUCACCAGCCUCGACCUCAGCUUCAACAAGAUCAAGCACAUCAAGCGCGUCAACCACCUCACCAAGCUCAAGGAGCUCUUCCUCGUCGCCAACAAGGUCGGCACCAUUGAGAACCUCGACGGCCUUGUCAACCUCACCAGCCUCGAGCUCGGCUCCAACCGCAUCCGUGUCCUUCAGAACCUUGACUCCCUCAAGAACCUCGAGGAGCUGUGGGUCGCAAAGAACAAGAUCACAGAGCUCACCGGCCUCGGCGGCCUGCCCAACCUCAGGCUCCUCAGCAUCCAGUCCAACCGCAUCCGAGACCUCUCGCCCCUCAAGGACGUGCCCAGCCUCGAGGAGCUGUACAUCUCCCACAACGCCCUCACCUCCCUCGAGGGCAUCGAGCAGAACGAGAAGCUGCGCGUUCUCGACAUCUCCAACAACGCCGUCGCGAGCGUCAAGGGCCUCAAGCCGCUCAAGAACCUCGAGGAGUUUUGGGCCAGCUACAACCAGAUCUCCGACUUUAACGAGGUCGAGAAGGAGCUGAAGGACAAGGAGCACCUGACGACGGUCUACUUUGAGGGCAACCCGUUGCAACUCAGGGGACCGGCCGUGUACCGCAACAAAGUCCGCCUGGCGCUACCCCAAUUAUCCCAGAUCGACGCAACCUUUGUCCGGACAUAG